CAGAUGCAGCUGCAGAUGUUGCGCUUGAUUUGAAAAAGUUGUUUAUUCUCAAAUUUUAGAAAAAGAAUUUGUGAAAAAUAAUGUGAAAGUACGUGUAAAAUAAAAUUUUCAACAAGUGGUGAUGAGUGAUUCGGAUGACACUGACAUUUUGUUGCUGAUACCACCGAACUAUUAUCUGGCGGACGUAGAAGAGAAACUAUUGCGAGAGGAUUUAUUGGCUUUACAGAGAAGGCAGUUUUCGAGUUUGCAGGAGUUGGGUGUCGUAGAGCGGCCAUAUAAUUCAAGAAUAUCAAGGAGAGAUUUAUCGAGAGAUUUUCAGGCAAUGGAUUUGGCGAAUGACGAUGCUUUGGCUAUGCCACCUCCUACAUCGGUUUACCAAUUUCUACCUCCCACUAGGAAGACAGAGCUCAAUAAUAUAAACGCAAAACUACAUAAUCUGGAGCGGGAUGAAAUGAUGUAUGCAGAUAAUCCCUCUGAUAUUUCUAGUAUAUCGACCCAUACAGUAAAAACUCAAUUUGGACCUUCCAAACAAAAUCGGGAAAUGGUUGGAAUGGUUCACUCCACACCAAAAUGUAUGGACAUUCCAUACAAACAUAAUCCCUCUGCCAAGAGGACUAAUGAUGUUCCAGGGGGCAAGGACGAUGGCGUUUUAUCGGAGAUUGACAAUUUCCUGUUCAAUGACCGUGUACCCCCGACAAAUAACACAAACUAUUGGCAACAACGACAUAGUAGUGAUGAUUAUCACCAACCCGAAUCUCACAAACACUUGGUACAUUAUUUGGAAGAACCACAGCAAGCAACUCAAACGAAAUCUUUGCCAACAUCAAUGCAUAUCCCAACAGAAAAAUCACAACAUCAUUCAUCUGAUUAUUAUCAGAUGUCCAAAGCAGCUGCUGAUACAAAUCUCAUAAGUUUAAGUGAAAUCUGGGGAAAAGGUGGUCAAUCGACUGCCAUAGCAACAUCGUCGCAAACUAAUUUAAAAGAGGAACAGCUGAGAAGGCAACAUUUGGAAAAAACUGUUAGGCAGCUGCAAUCACGUUUAUUGGAGUAUCAACAACGAUUGUCGGUAGCCAUAGAAGUCGAUCGUACGAAAGAUAAUGCUUUAAACACAGCUCAAAUAGAAAACAAAAGCCUAAGUCAAGAUUUGCAACAAGCCAGACAAAAUCUUCAGUCUUAUGAAAUACAGCGCAAGCAAUAUGAUGAAAAAUUGGAAUCCCUACAAAAGGAAUUAGCCCAAGCGGUGAGUUUGGCAACAAAGUUUCAGGAAAAGAACGAAAAGUUGGAAACGGAAUUGUCUAACUACUCAAGGAGAACAAAUGAAUCAUGUAAUCAAUACAAACAGAAAAUGGAAGAGUUGGAGAUAAAAGCUCAUGCAUGCAAAAGAUCCGAAGAGAUGGCCAUAAACGAACUACAAAAACUAAAGGAUAAAUAUGCCAAGUCCGAACAUUUAUACGAGAAGGCUAAGCUACGAUGUGAUGAACUGGAGAAGGAAAAUUCCACAUUAAGGCAUCAAAAGGAAAUGCUGCAAGAGUAUCACCAAAAGCAAAAGUCACGAGCUGAUAGUUUAGACACACAACGGAAAUCGCUGCAAGAAUCACUGGCUCAUUUAACAGAGAAUGAGUGCACAUUGAAAAAGAAACUGGACAUACAACAAAAGUCACUGAAAGCCCAUUAUCAACAGCAGCUGGAACAUGUAGUUGGUCAAAAGCUCAAAGAAUUUCAAGAGCAGUUGGAUAGGACCGAAGAAAGCCUUAAGGCCGAAGCACGAGAACGUGAACGUUUAAUAGCGGAACGUGCCGUAAAGCAACUAGAAUUAAUAAAUGAGAAAAAUGAAUUGGAAUUGAAUUUGUUGCAAGAAAAACAAAAGGAAGAAGUUGAACUAUAUCGCAUUCAGUUGGCGAAUGCCUCAAAGAAAAUUGAAGAUUUAGAACAAAAACUCAGUUUGUAUAAAUCGAAAAGAGCGGAUAUUGCUGAAAAAUUACACAACGUAAUGGAAACACAAUGGCAAAAAGCUUUGGAAAUAUUGACUUCACCGAAUCUAACACGACUAACGCAGCUGGAUACCACUGAUAAUGAAUCACCGGAUAGCAAUGAAACACACAAUAAAGGAAUGCUGCAAAAUAACAAUCAAUACGAUACCCCGAAGACAAGUAAAAAGGAAAAUAAUCUUAAUGUACAAGCUCAAAAGCCAGUAUCACCACCCAACGAUAAGUUGCAGGCCUAUAUUGAAUUGCUGCUCUCAAAGUCACCCAGUGAUUUUGAUAAACUUGAUGAAAUUUUAUCCUUGACAUCGAGGUCUAAACAAAUAAAAGAAAAGUUAGAAAAAACUGCCAAACGCCAUUGCCAUGCACGCCAGCCGCCAUGGAAAUCAUGAUAAACAAAGUGCACCAUUGUCACUAUUGUUCAGUUCAUUGUUAUAAGAUAUUGUCCAAAGCUGCUGGCAAAUAUUUUGCUAACUUUGGCAAAUUAAAGUUAGAUAUUCUCAAAUGUAAGUGUUGUUUAUACACAUAUAUUGUAUAAAUAUGCCUUUGUUUUAUUCGUGUAAGUUUUACAUACUAUAGAGUUAUUGUAAAGUGUUACCAAAAGUAAGAUUUAUAGACUCGAUAAGAUACAAACAUUCGAUUAUGGUGGAGAAUGAAACGAACGAAUAAAAAUAUUCGCCAAAAAGAAAGUGCAUUUGCUUCACAA